AUGCCGCUCCCAAACAAGGUCGACAUCCUCAUCGUCGGCGCUGGACCCGUCGGAACGGCCGCGGCCUGCGCCAUCCUCAACAACAUCGACGCCGAGGCGCGCUCCGACUUCAAACUGCUCAUUGUCGAUAGCAACGAGUCGAUCAACAGCUUCUCGCCUACGCACUCCCGGGCCAUCGGGGUUCACGCUCGCACCUUUGAACUUCUCGCCGAGACGGUCGACGAUCCCCAAGCUCGCGAGCAACAGGUCGGCGUGCGCGGAAGGCAGCAGAUCCCUCUGGUCAGCGACCCAAGUAGCCCCCCGGAGCGGACCGACAGUGUCACCCGCAGUCUUCUCGAGCGUGGCAACCUGUUGACCAAGAUCACCUUCAGGUCGGCGGGCAAGACCAAGCCGCUAAUGACGAUGGACUUUCCGGGCGCGCUGCGCGACAGCCAGUACCAGCAGUUCUGCAUCAUCUCGCAGCGCCUCACGGACGCCACGCUGCGAGCCCGACUUGCCACCCUCGGAGGCUGUAUCGAAGGCGGCUGGAGUAUCGCCCAUCUCGAGCGACGAGGCAAAGCGGCGCCAGUGGCCGUCACGCUCGAGCACGACAAGCUCGGCAGCCACGAGGUCGAGGCCGACUUUGUCAUCGGUGCCGACGGUGGCCACAGCCUCGUACGCCAGCUCGUCGGGCUCGGAUUCCCCCGUUCCUCCAUGAAACAGCCCCUACUGCUGGCCGAGAUCCGUACGGCCGAUCCGCAGUGGCCUUACAGCUAUCCGGAGCUCGGCUACGACGGCCUCGAGGGCUGCCAAGCGUACUGCAAGCAGGGCCUCGGCAUCUCGAUCCCCAUGACUGGCAACUGGAUGCGGAUCGCUGCCAGUUUCCUGCCCCCGGGCUUCCAGGAGGUCUAUCGCCGCACCACGGGCAAGGGCAUCGGCGGGCACGAGGAGGGUAACCGACCAAGCAUCGAGCAGCUGCAAUGGACGAUGGACCAGUAUCUGCCCACGGGCGCCGAGUGGCGAGAGGGCGCCGAGAAGAAGGAGGGUCUCCGCCCGGGAGACAUCGUCGAAGUCAGGUUCGCGACGACGUUCAAGGUGCACCACGGCCUCGUGAAAUCCUAUGUCGACCACGAGACCGACAGGGUGGUUCUGAUCGGCGAUGCGGCCCACGUGCACAGCCCAAUGGGCGGGCGCGGACUCAACACGGGCAUCCAGGAUGCCGCUACGCUCUCCAUGGCGCUUCGCCCCUUUUUCCGCACCUCGGCACUUGCAGCCGCGUCGGAAGAGCGCUCGGCCGCGCUGCACGCCUGGGCGCAGGAACGACGCCGGAUCGGCCAGAUCUGUAUCCGCGAGUCGAGGAGGCAGAUGUCCUUCGCCCUCGUCACCAACCGCCUCCUCCAGCGUCUGCGCAACCUCGCUGUCAGCCUGCUAGCCUACUUCCCCUCCAUCACGCGUGGCAUCAUCCGAAGCGCCGCAGGUGUCGAGUUCAGGCCCCCGGCCUGGAAAUCGCCGCUCCUUGCUGCAUGA